AUGGAAGCAAACGGCAGAAGAUAUGACGGGGAAUGGUUGGAAAACCGUUGCAACGGGCGGGGGGUCUUGACGUACAAAGACGGUCGGAGGUAUGAAGGGCAAUACAUCGAUGGAACUCAGACUGGAAUGGGUAUCAUGACUUGGGCUGAUGGUCGACGGUAUGAGGGUGAGUGGUUGGAUGGAAAGUGUACCGGACGCGGAACUACAACCUUCAAGAGUGGAAGCCGCUAUGUUGGCGUUUACCACGAGGACAAAAUGAAUGGCUAUGGCAUCUACACCUUUGCGGACGGUCGAAAGUACGAGGGGGAAUACCGCAACAACAUGAAAAACGGGCAUGGUGUCUACACCUGGGCUGAUGAUGUCAAGUUUGAUGGACAAUGGACGGAUGGCAAACCGACCAACGGAAUCCUCAUCUUCCCAGAUGGAACAAGGAGUGACAAAGAAGAGGAUGGCUCCCGAUACGAAGGAAUGUUGGUUGAUAACAAGAAGACCGGCAAGGGAAUCAUGUAUUGGGCAGACGGAAGGGUGUAUGAGGGUGAUUGGCUGGAAAAUCGAUAUCAUGGCAGAGGUGUGUUAACCUACAAGGAUGGGAGAAGAUAUGAGGGAGAGUAUAUUCAUGAUGCCAUGCAUGGAUACGGGAUUUACACAUGGGCUGAUGGCGCUAGAUAUGAAGGUGAAUAUCAGCACAAUCGCAAACAUGGGCGUGGAACGCAGAUCUGGUCAACAGGCGGCAAAUACGUCGGUGAGUACAAAGAUGGAACGCUGACCGGAAGAGGAGUGAUGACCUGGGCCGACGGCAAGCGAUAUGAUGGAGAGUGGAAACAUGGAAAAUGUACUGGCAAAGGCGUUCUAACGCACGCUGAUGGGAGGAAAUAUGAAGGAGAUUACCUCAUGGAUAAAAUGCACGGACGUGGGGUUUACAUUUGGCCAGACGGCGCCAUGAGAUAUGAGGGCGAAUGGUUGGACGGGAAAUGCACAGGGAGGGGGAUAACUACCUUCGCAAACGGAAGUCGCUACGAGGGAAUUUACCAUGAAGAUAAGAUGCAUGGAUAUGGUGAUGUUUAUCAGAAAAUUGUGCUGCCGUGA